GCUUCUCCCACGCCCCCCACCUACAUCCCCAAAACAAUAUCCCCAAAAACAUGUUUCUCAGGAAAACCAAUCGUACUUGUUGAAACCCUAGCGCCAUCUCGCCGCCGGCGAUGUCCGCUUGACGGACGCGCCGCCGAGAAAGCACCAAACUCCUCCGAGCCCUCCCAUCUCUCUGAUCCGUCGCCCGCCCGCGGGAUCCGGAUCGUCUUCAGCCAUGUCAAAGGCCAGGGUCUACGCCGACGUUAACGUGGUGCGCCCCAAGGAGUACUGGGAUUAUGAGGCCCUCGCCGUCCAGUGGGGUGAGCAGGAUGACUAUGAAGUUGUGCGGAAAGUUGGAAGGGGCAAAUACAGUGAAGUCUUUGAAGGUAUCAACGUCAACAAUAAUGAGAAAUGUGUUAUUAAGAUCCUGAAGCCUGUGAAGAAGAAGAAGGUAACUUAUCUGUGCCUUAUAUGGUCACGGUUUAACUAUGAUUUUAGUUUUUUCACGUUUGUCAUGCUUAUCCAGAUCAAAAGAGAGAUCAAAAUACUACAGAAUCUCUGUGGAGGUCCAAAUAUUGUGAAGCUGCUUGAUAUUGUCAGGGAUCAGCAUUCAAAAACACCAAGCUUGAUCUUUGAAUACAUCAAUAACACAGAUUUCAAAGUGCUAUAUCCGACAUUGACAGAUUAUGACAUUCGCUACUAUAUCUAUGAGUUACUGAAGGCUUUGGAUUACUGCCAUUCACAAGGCAUUAUGCACCGAGAUGUGAAGCCUCACAAUGUUAUGAUAGAUCAUGAGCUUCGAAAACUCCGGUUAAUAGACUGGGGCCUUGCUGAAUUCUACCAUCCUGGAAAGGAGUAUAACGUUCGUGUUGCAUCAAGGUACUUCAAGGGACCUGAGCUUCUUGUUGACUUGCAAGAUUACGACUACUCUUUGGACAUGUGGAGUCUUGGCUGCAUGUUUGCUGGAAUGAUAUUCCGCAAGGAACCAUUUUUCUAUGGCCAUGACAACCAUGACCAACUUGUUAAAAUUGCAAAGGUACUUGGAACAGAUGGGCUAAAUGCUUAUUUGAACAAGUACAGAAUUGAGCUUGACCCUCAGCUUGAAGCCCUUGUUGGAAGGCACAGCAGAAAACCCUGGUCAAAGUUUAUCAAUGCAGACAACCAGCAUCUAGUAUCCCCUGAGGCCAUAGAUUUCCUUGAUAAGCUUCUGCGCUAUGAUCACCAGGAUAGGCUUACUGCACGUGAAGCUAUGGCACAUCCAUACUUCCUCCAGGUGAGGGCUGCCGAAAACAGCAGGACUCGUGCGCAAUAGCAAUAGCAAGACUGUUGCUGAUAUUGAACGAGCAGCACUUGACGAAGCCGCAUCCUUGUAGUGACUUUGUCAUGUAUUAUGACUCGAUAAUGGUUGGGUCAGCUGGGAAAGGUAAGAGCCUGUGUGGUGUGUGCCUCAUCGACGAGGCGGAAAAGAACUGUGAUUUGCUCCUGUUGUUUGUGUAUGGAAACCAGAUUGAUUGAAACUUCGCAACACACUUUUCAUGUAACGUGUUUGGUAACAUUGUACGACUCUGCUUGUAAAGAAUAUCUUUGGUAAAUUGCUUUGGAUUCAAAA